AUGAGCUACUUCAUCGCCUUCAUCUCUUCUGUUCUGAGUCUGAGGACCAGAGCCUCCAGGGAAGCCUACUCGAUGAAACCAGGACAGGUUUUUUCAUCGGAGGGAGGGAAGCAGAAGACGGCAAAUGAUGGAGAAGGUGAGUGUUGUGUGUGCUUGUCAAGGUUAAAAGAAGGGGAUGCAAUGCGGAGGCUGCCGUGCGGCCAUCUAUUUCAUCAGGAAUGUGUUGAUAGGUGGCUGGUCAUGUGCCGGAGGACCUGCCCUCUUUGCCGUCUCUGCGUCGAUGGAGAUCUCGAAAGGAGAGUGGAGGAGCAGUUCGCUGAGGAGCUGAUGAUAUGGUUCUCUACCUUUCAUGUACCUGGCUAUUGA